AUGGCCCUUGGGGAGGGUCGCGAUCCUCUGGAGCACACCAGUCUCUAUCAGAGAGCCGACAGCGAAGACAGUGACACAGAAGGCGGCCUGGGCAACGUGAACAAGAUGAUAAUGCGACCACCGGGUCACAGCGGGAAAGCGAAGAAAGGGCACAUCUGCUUCGACGCCUCGUUCGAGACAGGCAACCUGGGCAGAGUGGACCUUAUCUCGGAGUUCGAGUACGAUCUGUUCAUCCGACCCGACACCUGCAACCCGCGGAUUCGUCUAUGGUUCAAUUUCACCGUGGACAACGUCAAGGCGGACCAACGCGUCGUCUUCAACAUCGUCAACCUCUCCAAGAGCGCCAGCCUCUUCAGGAACGGCAUGACGCCGCUGGUGAAGAGCAGCACCAAGCCCAAAUGGCAAAGGAUUCCGCGAGAUCAAGUGUUCUACUACAAAUCAGCCCAACAUCAGAACCACUACGUUCUGAGCUUCGCCUUCGCCUUCGAUCGCGAGGAGGACGUCUACCAAUUCUCUCUGACUUAUCCGUACUCCUAUAGCCGCUAUCUGGCGCACUUGGACAACCUUUGCACCAGGUUAACGUACACGAGACGAGAAACCCUGGCCACCUCGAUUCAAAAGCGAAAGAUCGAUCUGGUCACGAUACCGUCCAACUUGGACGACCCUCGAGAUCAUUCGAGGAGAGUGGUGGUCGUUCUAGCGAGGGUUCACCCGGGUGAAUCGCCGUCUUCCUUCGUCUGCCAAGGUCUGAUGGACUUCUUGGUCAGCUGUCACCCUAUCGCUCAAGUACUCAGGAACUACGUCGUCUUCAAGAUAAUACCAAUGCUGAAUCCCGACGGUGUAUUCCUAGGAAAUUACAGAUCCACGUCGGUGGGGGCUGAUCUGAAUCGCUCGUGGAACAAGAUCUCCGACUGGCUUCAUCCCGCCCUGGUGGCCGUCAAACCCAUGCUCAAGAACCUCGACAAGAACUCUCGCACGCCCCUGGACUGCGUUUUGGAUCUGCACGGCCAUAUGAACGCUACCGGCGUGUUCGUCUACGGAAACACUUACGACGACGUGUACAGGUACGAAAGGCACAUCGUUCUACCGAAGUUGCUGGCGCAACACGCCGAAGACUACGAAAUCGGGAACACGAUGUACAAUCAGGACUCGCACAAGUCCGGGACCGCGCGACGUUAUCUGUGCUCCAUUCUGAAGGAACACGUCAAUUGCUACAGCAUCGAGGUAUCGAUGUACGGAUACAAUAGGAAAGCAACGUCCGGUAUAUACCCGUACACGGAGGAAGGAUAUUACAGACUGGGACGCAAUCUGGCCCGUGUCUUCCUAGAAUAUUACAAACUCAUGGGUCACAUACCGGCUGGUCUGCCCGAUCAACCCUCCGCCAAAAAGAAUCGUCAUUCUCGACCUAGGCACCGCACGCACAAACAACCCAGACCAAGGACCUCGAGGACUCCUGCUCCUUUACAUCUGGCCAGGAUUCACGAGUACUUUCAAGAGGAGCCGGAGCCGGAGCCGCCAGCGAGCGGCGGUUACCGAUCGAUGAGCGGCACGAGAAUGAGCCAGCUAGGGACCGGAACUCGAAGUGGAACGGGCGUAGGCGGGUGCAGGAACCGGAGCUACAGGUUCCGGAGCCCCGGGGCACCGCUCGACAGGGUACACCCGCCGUCGAGACAUCCCGCCGUGCCUAGGCUCACCAUUAUCGAUUUCAAUCAGCUGACAAGGGGCGGUUUGGAGCUGGCUACCGGCAAGAACAGGGCAAAGGUCACCCAUAAACGCGCCAAGUCGAAGAGAUAGCCGUCGAUACCACGGCUCGGACGUGCUCGUCAUCGACCAACGAUCGACAGGUAAAACGCUUCCACGGGGGAAGCCCCGAACUGUUUUCUCCGCCUCAGUUCACGCGAUUUCACCCGCAACCCCUUCGGUUCCAGUGAUCCGCGUAUAACAGAUACAUCGAAACUAGACGAACAACUUCGGGAUCGUAAUUAUUACGCGUAGAAAUUG